AUGCAGGCUGCCAAAGAAGAGCUCGCAACGCUGCAGGAAACAGAGAGGGGUGCAGAACACGUGCAGUCCGAGACCCUGCAGUUGCAUGCGCAGCUGAGAGUUGCAGAGGACAAAGCCAAGCAUGUUGAGGCGCUGGCAUCCACGAAGAAGGCAGAGCUUGGCGACACCGACGACAAGUUCAGCAAGCAGACAGAGCGAAUGCAGCAGGUGGAGCAGUCGCGAGAUCGCGUGCGAGCAGAAGCAGCCGCCGGCCCAGAGAGCGCUGCCCUUCGAUCCACACCGUGGGCGCCUGCUCUGAAGGCCACGGCCGACGAAGAGGAGGCGCACGUCUCGAAGCGCCUGGAGCAGCUUCGACACGAUCAGGCAGCUGCCGGGGGAAUGCGUCGGAACUUGGAGUCCGAGCUGCAGCUCCUGGGCGCCGAGGCCGAGAAGCUGCGUGGAGAACUGGCCUUUCUCACCAAGGAGAACGCAGAUGCGCAGCAGCGCCUCCACUUGGUUUCGCCUGCCAUGCAAGAGGCCCGUCGGCGUGUGAAGGACUUGGAAUUGCAGAUGCAGGCCGCGAGAGACGAGGCUUUGCAUGAGAAGGAGCUGACUCAGCGGCUCGAGCGCGAGGCCGACGUGUGUCAGGAGAAGCUGCGUGCGCUCCGAGACGAGAACGUCCGCUUGUCCGAGCAUUGCACAGAGCUCGAGGUGCUCGUUUCGAAGCCUAGGGGCUUCACGGGUCGAAACCCCACUGCGUGUGUUGCUAGUUUCCCAUCCGAAGCCGGCUGGAAGAAGAAUCAGCUGCAAGUUGAAAAACCGAAGAGCUCCUCGAAGCUGUGA